AUGAUAGAUUAUAAAAUUAAUGAAAUUUUAGUUAAACAAUUAAAUGAUGACUAUAAUUGUUCAAUUUGUGUAGAUCCAGUAUUAAAUAGUUUACCAUUAGAACAACAUCAAGCACUUUCUUGUAAAAAUGGUCAUUUAUUAUGUCAAGCUUGUUGGGGUAAACAAUUAGCAUUAAGAAAAGAAUGUUGCAUUUGUAAAAUAAAAGUUGAAAGUAUUAGCGAACUUUGUAGAAAUAUAUUUUUAGAAAAAGGAUUUAGAAAUAAAAAAGUUCAUUGUCCAAAUGGAUUUGAAAAUUUUAAAGUUGAUGAAAAGUUAAUAAAAGAUGAAAGUGAUGGAUGUAAAUCAGUGAUAACUAUAGAUCAAUUAGAAUCUCAUCUUAGGGAAUGCGAAUUUGUAUUUAUAGAAUGUCCAAAUGAUCCAAUUAGAUGUAAAGAUAAAUUUAGAAAGAAUCAAACCGAUAAACAUAUGAACAAAUGUCAAUAUGUUACAAUCAAUUGCGAACAUUGUAAAGAACCAGUGAUAAAGAAUGAUAUGCCAACACAUAUCGAGAAUGAUUGUUCCAUCAUCUCAUUGGAAUGCGAAUUUUGUAAAGAUAAAUUUGGUAGACGUUCAUUAGAGAACCAUAUAGCUAAUGAAUGUCCAAACGUAGUUAUCGAUUGUCCUCAUAAAGAGGGUGGUUGUACUGCUAGAAUCAAGAGAUGCUAUCUUUCACAACAUCUCACCGAAGAAGAUAACCAUAUCAGAUAUAUGCAAAAAAUCAUUGAAAAACAUAGAAUUCAAGUAGAGGAAUCAGAUCGUAUCAUUAAGAAACUUCGAGUCGACUAUAAAGAAUUGGAAAAACGUGUAGAGAUUACCUCUCGUUACAAAGGAAAUUGGACCAUUGAAAAUUGGUCUCAAAAACUCACUCACUAUCCAAAUAAUGAACGCUUAAAAUCCCCUUACUUUUGUAUUGGUUCAAAGAGUUUUUAUGUUGGUUUAUAUCCAAAUGGUUUCAAUCAAACAAAUGCUGGUUUCAUGAGUAUCUUUUUACAUCUCUAUGAAAAACCUUCAACUUCAACCACUGUCGUUAGAUUUAGUUUUGAAUUAUUACAUUCAGAUCCAACAAAAUCUUUAAAAUUUGAAAAAUCAAAUAAAUAUACUGAAAAUAAAGGUAGUGGAUUUAGUCAAUUUAUAGAUAUAAAAAUGAUUAAUAACUUUAUUAUUGAUGGAAAACUCACAAUUAAUAUUGAUGUUGAAGUUAUACCACCAAGUAGUUCAUUGGUUACAAAAUAA